AUGGCAUCCCAACCGACAUAUACCGAGGCGCAACUGGAAGCGUAUCUUCAGCGAGUAGAAUACAAACCUAGCACACAAAAUGCCUCGCUUGUACAGGAUGUACACCAACGAAUCCAAACCGAUGCUCUGGGUGCGCUGGCAGAUUUGCAGCGCCGACAUCUGGCGGCCGUCCCUUGGGGCAAUUCUGAACUGCAUUACUCACAACACCACACCAUCUCAUUGAACCCGCACAAUCUCUAUGAGAAGAUGGUCGAGAGACGCAGGGACGGAUACUGUAUGGAGAAUUCAGGGCUAUUCUUUAUUGUUCUGCGGUCUCUUGGGUUUUUGGUCUAUGCCACGGGCGGCAGAGUGAGCCAUGCGGCUGCCAAGGGGGUUGAUAACGGACUGUAUCUGUCCUUUGGACAUAUGAUCCUGAUCGUGAUCAUUGACGGAGCAAAAUAUAUGGUUGACGUCGGAUUCGGCAACAACGGAGCUACGGCACCAUUGCCUCUCCAAGAGGGUGCGACUGCUAUACGCAUGGCACCCGCCGAGAUGCGUCUAGUGAGGGAAAGCAUUGCGGAGUUUACCGAUAAAACUCAGAAGAUUUGGAUCUACCAAACAAGAUACGAUGCGGAGAGCAAGUGGCAACCUAUGUUCUGCUUCAACGACGUGGAGUUCCUGCCGCAAGACUUUGCGGUCAUGAACUUCGCCGUCAGUCAAACACGGACCAGCUGGUUUACGCAGACCUUCGUGUGCAUGCAAAUGAUCCCGGAUGCAGAUGGGCAGCAGAUUAUCGGCCAGUGUGUCAUGUCCGGUCGAGAAGUCAAGCGGCGGGUGCGCGGGCAGAUGGAGAUUCUGCAAGUGCUUCACACCGAGGAGGACCGGAUCAAGGCCCUGGCCAAAUACUUUAACGUGCACCUCCGUAGUAGCGAGAUUGAAGGGAUCCGGGGAUUGGUCUCUGAACUUAGAUAG